AUGAUGCAUCUGCAGUUUGUCCAUGUUUUCUGUGUCUGUCCUCAAAUAAACUCACUCCGGCCCCUGUGCCUCACCUCUCCGGCCCCUGUGCCUCACCUCUCCGGCCCCUGGCCCCUCACCUCUCUGGCCCCUGGCCCCUCACCUCUCUGGCCCCUCACCUCUCCGCCCCCUGUGCCUCACCUCUCUGGCCCCUCACCUCUCCGGCCCCUGUGCCUCACCUCUCCGGCCCCUCACCUCUCUGGCCCCUCACCUCUUUGCCUCCUGUGCCUCACCUCUCCGGCCCCUCACCUCUCCGGCCCCUCACCUCUCUGGCCCCUCACCUCUUUGCCCCCUGUGCCUCACCUCUCCGGCCCCUCACCUCUCCGUCCCCUGUGCCUCACCUCUCCGGCCCCUCACCUCUCCGCCCCCUGUGCCUCACCUCUCCGGCCCCUGUGCCUCACCUCUCCGGCCCCUCACCUCUCUGUCCCCUGUGCCUCACCUCUCCGGCCCCUCACCUCUCUGGCCCCUCACCUCUCCGGCCCCUCACCUCUCCGCCCCCUGUGCCUCACCUCUCCGGCCCCUGUGCCUCACCUCUCCGGCCCCUCACCUCUCUGUCCCCUGUGCCUCACCUCUCUGGCCCCUCACCUCUCCGGCCUCUCACCUCUCCGGCCCCUCACCUCUCCGUCCCCUGUGCCUCACCUCUCCGGCCCCUCACCUCUUCGUCCCCUGUGCCUCACCUCUCCGUCCCCUGUGCCUCACCUCUCCGGCCCCUCACCUCUUCGUCCCCUGUGCCUCACCUCUCCGGCCCCUCACCUCUUCGUCCCCUGUGCCUCACCUCUCCGGCCCCUCACCUCUCCGGCCCCUCACCUCUUUGCCCCCUGUGCCUCACCUCUCCGGCCCCUCACCUCUCCGUCCCCUGUGCCUCACCUCUCCGGCCCCUCACCUCUCUGUCCCCUGUGCCUCACCUCUCUGGCCCCUCACCUCUCUGGCCCCUCACCUCUCUGGCCCCUGGCCCCUCACCUCUCCGGCCUGCGUGCCCUCACAGAUGAAUGGCUGGUAGUGUCGGUCCAGUCGUGGAGCGUUGUCGUUCACGUCCAGCACUUUGAUGGAGAGCGCGGCGGAGGCGGACAGCUGCAGCUGCACUGGGGGAGGACAUGCACUUUAGCCGAGCGCACAGAGCAUGAAUCAGCGCCGCGGCGUCAGAACAACACUUAG